AUGACCACCACACCAGGAACAAUUGGUCCUCAUAGCCGUAAAAAGGUCUCUUAUUACUAUGAUUUCGAUGUUGGUAAUUACUAUUACGGACAAGGCCAUCCGAUGAAACCACAUCGUAUACGUAUGACACAUAACUUAAUUCUCAACUAUGGACUUUACCGUAAGAUGGAAGUUUAUCGUCCACACAAAGCCAUAUCGGACGAAAUGACUCGCUUUCAUAGCGAUGAAUAUGUGAAAUUCAUUCAAAAUAUUCGACCGGACAAUAUUCUUGAUUUCAACAAGCAAAUGCAACGUUUCAACGUGGGAGAAGAUUGUCCUGUCUUCGAAGGUCUCUAUGAAUUUUGUCAAAUAUCAGCUGGUGGAUCGUUAGCUGGCGCGGUAAAACUCAAUCGCAAGUUAACCGAUAUUGCCAUCAAUUGGGCAGGUGGUCUUCAUCAUGCCAAGAAGUCCGAAGCGUCCGGAUUUUGUUACAUCAAUGAUAUUGUUUUAUCUAUUCUUGAACUACUCAAAUACCAUCAACGUGUGCUCUAUAUCGAUAUCGAUAUUCAUCAUGGUGAUGGAGUGGAAGAAGCCUUUUAUACUACCGACCGAGUCAUGACGGUUUCAUUCCAUAAAUUUGGAGAAUAUUUUCCAGGCACCGGGGAUCUACGAGAUAUUGGAGCGGGCCGUGGUAAAUAUUAUGCCGUUAACUUUCCAUUACGUGAUGGUAUUGACGAUGAUUCGUACGAAACAAUAUUUAAACCAGUUAUCACGAAAGUCAUGGAAUCGUACCAACCCAAUGCUGUUGUACUUCAAUGUGGCGCUGAUUCACUUACAGGUGAUCGUCUUGGUUGUUUUAAUUUAACACUGAAAGGCCAUGGUAAAUGUGUCGAAUUUAUGAAAGGUUACAAUUUACCAUUGUUACUCGUUGGUGGGGGCGGUUAUACAAUUCGUAAUGUUGCCCGUGCUUGGACGUAUGAAACAGCUAUUGCACUUAAUCAAGAAAUUCCCAAUGAAUUGCCUUAUAAUGAUUAUUUUGAAUAUUAUGGUCCUGAUUUUAAACUACACAUAAGUCCAUCGAAUAUGCCAAAUCAAAAUAGUUCGGAUUAUUUAGAUAAAAUCAAAGUUAAACUUUUCGACAAUCUUCGAAUGUUGCCACAUGUGCCAGGCGUUCAAAUGCAACCUAUUCCGGAUGAUGCAAUGGAUGUUGAUCGAGUUGUCGAUGAAGAUAAGGACAAUGAUCCCGAUAAACGCAUCUCACAAUUACAAAGCGAUCGUCGUGUUGCUGAUGAGCGUGAAUUAUCAGACUCUGAAGACGAAGAUGGUGACAAUCGUCGUGAUCAAGCAGAUUACAAACAAAAUUCUAACAAACGUAAAGCCAGUUCAGAUGCCGUUAAUGGUACAACUGUUACACAAGUAACCAAAGUCACCGAAUCAACUGUUGUCGUGCCAUCCACAGGCGAUGAGACAACAACUGAAAACGGCUCGUCCAAUGAAGUUACUCCAUCAGGAUCGGAAACGAUUAUAAGAACAACAACUGAAGAAACAAUCAAGACGGUGACGGUUGUAGGUGAAGGCGAACCGUCAGGAACAACAGCGGAUGAAUCUGCACCAGCAGAUGGCAUGGAUACAUCAGAAGCGUCCUAA